CUCAUUGGGGAGGGCUCUGGCUUCUCCCACUCAUGGACUUUGGCUAAGAGCAGAACUUUUGUCUGCUCUGUGCAGCGGAAGCCAAGCAGGGUAAAGAGUCCUAGGCACGGCAAGGAUUAGCUACUCUUGCUGCUCCGGCCGGUGUCUGCGGAGGUUGUCAACACACACAUCAAGUGAGAAGGCCUUCAGUGAGACUCCACCAUGUGGUGCUAUGUGGUGCUCAUCAGUAUCGUUUGGACUGUGCUCUGGUUCUUCCGUGACCGGCAAAUGUUGAGCUCUUUCAAGGAUAAGUAUGUUUUCAUCACGGGCUGUGAUACAGGUUUUGGCAACAUGCUGGCCAAGCGGCUUGACAAGAAGGGCUUCCAGGUGCUGGCAGGUUGCCUGACUCAGAAAGGGGCUGAUAACCUGCAGCGGGCCAGUUCACCAAACUUGCGCGCCACCUUGCUUGACGUCACCAGCACCGAGAGUAUCCGCAAAGCAGUGGAGUGGGUGAAGGGUGAAGUGGGUGAAAAAGGGCUCUUUGGUCUGGUGAAUAAUGCAGGCGUGGCCAACCCUAUUGGCCCCACAGAAUGGAUGAGUGUUGAGGAUUACCGCAAGGUCAUGACUGUCAACACGUUUGGCAUGAUUGAGGUCUCUUUGGCCUUUCUGCCUUUGCUCAAGCGAGGCCGCGGCCGCGUGGUCAACACCUCCAGUGUCUUGGGUCGCCUUUCAGCCAAUGGUGGUGGCUACUGUGUUUCCAAAUACGCCGUGGAGGCCUUCUCCGACAGCCUCAGGAGGGAUAUGUACCAUUUUGGGGUAAAGGUCUCCAUCGUGGAGCCGGGCUUCUUCAAGACAGCAGUUACCAAUCUUGAAUCAAUAGAGGCUUCCUUGCAGCAGCUGUGGGACCGCAUGAGUCCUGAGGCCCGGCAGAGCUACGGCGAAGAUUUCUUUCCUAGCUACCUGAAGGUUCAGAAGUUCAUCAUGAACAUCAUCUGCGACCCAGACCUUAGCAAAGUGACCAACUGCAUGGAGCACGCCCUUCAGGCCAAACACCCUCGCUCUCGCUAUAGCGCUGGCUGGGAUGCCAAGUUUGUGUGGCUGCCGGCCUCUUACCUACCUGCCUUCCUGGUGGACAUCGUUCUGGCUGUCAUCCUCCCCAAGCCAGCCCAGCGGGUCCGCUAGACUCCAAAACAGCUAACCUUUUCCCGGGCCCAACUGUGAAGCAGACCACAUUUCCAAAGAAUUAUGAGGAAAUAAAAGAUGCAAUCUGUUGCUAAGCCAGCCAGCUCGUUCCACA